GAUAAGAAGGCUGCAUGAAAAAACAGCUCUCAGGUAGGCUGAGAACUGGUGAAGGGAGUUUUCUCAGCAGCAGAUUGAUAGGAAGCUGCACAAGGAGCUCGCCUUCUCCUGAGAGAGUACUGGAGGAAGUAGUCCUGGGAAAGGCACCUGUGGACAGGUGGAGAUAGAAAGCAGCCCAGGGAAGCAACAAGGAAUUGUAAGGAGCAGGUUUUAGCUUCUUCAACACAGAAUUCCUGGGAUUCUGCCAGAAGGGAAGGCAGGUGUGUGUUCUCCUACCCUCCUGAGAGAAAGGGAUAUGAAAGCAUCUCUGAGGAAAAGGUGGCAAGGACUAUAAAACUCAGCCUGGGACUGAUGACCUGAUACAGGGUCACUGGACUUUUGCCCUGCGAGAUUACUCUUUAUUACCCGAGGAGGGGUGAGAUUAUAAAUGACCUGGCUGGAGUUGUGAGAAGAAGCUGACUGUCACAGGGCCAGACUACUGUCUGGUGGGGGAAACUGAGUUGGAGCCACUGCAAAACCAUGCCUGGCCAUGAGAGGAUAUGUUGGCAGCAAGCUAGCAAGCUGCAAGUUUUGGAUAGCUAAAAGCAGAAGAAGGAAGUAUCUUACUGAAUUAACUGAAAGGAAUAAGAACUGAGGAUGCCAGAAGACUCAAACAUGACUGAAUUAGUUUCACAGAUGUGCCAAAAUGACAAUGCCACCAACACGUCAAACUUGGACAACUGCUCUAUUGAUGACUUCAAGCAUGCUGUUUAUCCCACAAUAUAUCUCACAAUAUUUGCCUUAAGUAUCUUUGGAAAUGGCCUUUCCAUAUAUGUUUUCCUGAAGCUUUACAGGAAAAAGACUCCAGUGAAUGUUUUCAUGCUGAACUUGGCUAUUUCAGACCUCCUGUUUGUGUGGACUUUACCCUUCCGUGCCACCUAUUACUUGAUGAAAUCUCGGUGGGUAUUUGGGGAUAUAUUUUGCAGGAUUGUGUCUUAUAGCUUGUAUGUCAAUAUGUACUGCAGCAUUUAUUUUCUAACUGUGCUGAGCAUUGUUCGUUUUGUGGCUAUUGUUCAUCCUUUCAAACAUUUGAAACUAAUCGCCAUCAAGUAUUCUAGAAUCAUAUGUGCGGUGAUAUGGGGUUUUGUGAUGACAGUUGCCAGCGUGCUGCUGUUCAGGGAAUGCAUUGGCAAGGACUACCCACGCAAGUGCUUAGAUCUCCAAGAGGAGACUGUACAGAAGCUGCUUGUGAUGAACUAUAUUGUCUUGAUAGUGGGCUUCCUCCUCCCAUUUUGCACAAUAAUUUGUUGCUAUGUGCUUGCGAUCAAAGCUUUGCUUAAGCCCAGGGUUCCGAAAGCAAAGGUAAGAGCUUCUCAUAAGAAGGCAGUGUCAACCAUCAUCAUCACUUUAUUCAUGUUUCUGCUUUGUUUCCUACCAUAUCACAUACUAAGAACUGUCUACUUGCUGGAAAAUUUUAAGGCCUUUAUGGCCAACUGUUGCAAUUUGCUGGCUGAAGGAGCAGUCAUCGCUCAUUCCCUUGCUGCAAUGAAUAGUUGCCUAGAUCCUGUGCUCUAUUACUUUGCGGGAGAAAACUUCAAAGAGAGACUCAAAAGUAUAUAUAAAAGGUAGAGGGUGAAGAAUCAAAUGUACAUUCCUUAUUGGGAAUAUUUUCUGAUGAUCAAACCCCAGGACUGGAGGCUGAAAGAUCAUGGGUUUUUUAAUCUAUGCCGCUGACUUGCCACGUGACCUGGGGUGAAUCACGUAACUCUGUGCCUCCAUUUCCCUAUCUCCAAAGUGGGGCUGUUCAGAGUGGCUAGUAUCUCAGAACACCAUGUGAAUUUUCUUCAUAAAUGGUUGUAAAGGGGUCCAAGAUCCCACCCUGGGAUUAUACCUAUAUCUCUUCCACCAGCCAAAAAGAGGCUUUUGUCCUUUAAGAAGCCCUCUGCUCCAGAGGACUUCAUUUACUGGUAACACAAACUGACAAAAUAGACCUUUAAUUCUGGGAAACAGACUGGGUCUGUGGUUCUGUCAUCUCCAAACUCUUGCUUUUCUCUCCCCAAAAGCACCUUGCAUUCUGGAUCCACCUGUUCCUCAAAACUGGGAUUACUGGUCCCUCCCUCAGAGUUGCCUCUCCAUUGGCUACUCCAACCCUCAGAGCAUAGUCUCAGUGCUUUUCAAUAUACUGAUCCCUCCCUAGGCAUUACCGUUAAUUUCAGGCCUCUUUUCUUUAGUAGUGCCUGAAGUAGUAGGAACAUUAAUCAAAAUUUUCAGAACAUGUAAAUAUGAAGCUAUUCCGUUUUCUGUGUUUUGGGGUUUGUUUGAGUUUUAGGAAAGAUCAACCUCAUCCUUAUAGAAUGUUGGUUGCAAAUUGAAUUCAGUAACCACAGCUGUGUAAUAAACCACACCUACAUACAUCAUUAGGACUAAUGCUUCCAUCCUUUAUUUUCAAAAGCACACGUCUCUUUCACGGGAGAUGAAGAAAAUUGUUCUUUACAAUAGAAAGACCCUAAGUUGCAACUAGUCACAAGAUAUCAGUAUAUUUCCACACUUAUUGUGCUUUAUCUUAUUUCUAGUUAAAUCCAAACACUCCCAUUUAUGUCAGUGGAGCAGCACGGAGACCUCAAACCACCCUCAAGAAAAAUUGUUGACUUAUUUGCUCAAUUAUAAUCUAUUUUCUUCAAGAACAAAAGGUUCCAGAAGAUCUAAUGCUAGGGAGAAUUUUAAGCUUUUAUAAUCUAGAGGGGGACAAAAAUAAUAGACAAAUCAAAAUUUCAAAUUGGGAUAAUUUUUUAAAAAAUGACCUGUAACUCCAAACAGAUUGAUGUGCUUUCUACAACCUUUGAGAAAUUUGUCCUUUAUCAUCACAAUAAACCUACCUAUUUCAGACUAAAACUAAUUUUCCAAGCCAGCAUUAUCCAAGAGGCAGACUGGGACUGUAUGAUGCAGUCUGAUUGGUACAUUAACAAUGGAAAAGCUAGAGCUGGAGCACAAGGAAAUAUUGCUCCUCAUAUUUAUCUUUUCUUUGCAUAUCCCCAGAAAGGGAGUGGUCACAACUAUAUUUGUACAGAGUGGCCACAUGAAAUAGCAUAACACAUUCUAAGGGAAUAUUUGCAUGCCUGUGAGCAGCUGUGUUUGCCUCGUGUCUUCAUAAAUGGGAAGCAUGCUAGUGCUUCACUAGAAUUACAUUACAUGCCCUACAGUGUAAAUUCUCUUUUUCUGUAUUAUAAAAAAGGCCUUCUAUAUAUUUAAAAUGGAAACUUUUACAGUUUAAAGAAUAUAUUAAUUGGCCAAAUGCUGACACCCCCCGCCCCCGAAAGAUAUGAUAAAAAAAAAUCUAAUAGGAGUUGAAGAACUUAGAUUCUCUCAUAUGCAAAUGAUAAAAAAAAUCAUUCAAAGAGUCACUUUCUUCUAACAGGGCACUUUAUUAGAAUAAGAAAUAGAAGAUUUUCUUAUUCUCUCUCUUUCUCAGCUUCCCUGUAUCAUCUCUGGCUACAACCUUUCACAGUCUACCUCUGGCUUAGUUUCUGAACUAGUACAUUAUGAUUACUGAUUUAUCAUUUUGGUGGAUGAACGGAAAAAUUAGGGGGAAACAUUGUUUCGAGGUCAACCUGAAAUGAACA